AUGAGGACCAUUAAGACAACUGGGAAAGCUGUUCUAAAACGUAAGCUCUCAUACGUCUGCACUGUGUGCAAAAAAUGUAAAUCAAAAUGUGAUAAACUCAAGCCCAGUUGCAGUAGAUGUUUGUCGCUCGGACUCGAGUGCAGUUAUGACAUUGAAAAGCAGUUGGCAGACGAUCCUAACAGCAAAGACGAGAUCUUAAGAGAUCUGGAAGAAGAGCUGGCGUACUGGAAAAAGAAGAGCAAAGAUAUUGAAGAGGCACGCUGCCAAGGAGUAGGUAAUGUUUCCGAACUUGGUAAAAGUAGCAUCCUUGGCAUUCUUCCGGAGUUUUCAAGUAUCCUCUCUAAUACGAAUAUCGAUGAGCUGAAAUUCAAUUGCUACAUACAGAGUGCAUUCCAUAGGAAUGCUAAGUCGUUUAUGUUCAAGGAUUACAAGUUGAAUUAUCUGAUCGGCAAUAGCGUCAUCGACAGGUUUCUAAGCCCGCUUUUGGACCGCAUCAUAGAGAACAACUUGGAACAUGCUAAGGAUCUACAUGGAGACCAAGAUGAGACUAUAUCACACGUAAUCAUGUUUAAGGUCCUCGAGAAACAGGUUAUUCACGAAUAUGAGCCCUCUGAGAAUUUAAACAAGAUUAUGAAGGAUAUUGAGGACAUUCGUGACCAGCGGUAUACUGGGGAUAGUACGAAGGCGGGAUUCUUCUUUGCAAUUGCUGUGAAUUCAAUGGAGUUUGUUCGUAUAGAAGAUAUAAAUCUACGAGGCUACUAUUCUGCAAACUUACAAUACAUCCUGGAUAACUCAGAGAAGAACUUACCAAGUUACGAAGUUAUAGAAUACCAUAAACGUAAUUUUUACAAGCAUGUCUAUCCUAUUGUACCUGUUAUUGAGAUCUCUAUAUUCGAAGAGUGUCUGGCAGACAUUAUAAAACGGGAUCCAGAGGACAGUGGAAAGGUGAAGAUCGACUUCGGGAAGUAUAAUCUCAGGCACAAGCUUAUCAAUCUUUCUAUACUAAUGGUUGUUUUGGCGAUUUCAAGUUACCACGAAGACUCAUGUUCCGUGCAUGAAAGUCCGAAUAUGCACCAACCAGGUAGCGGCAUCUAUGGCGAACUUUUAUUCCUAUCAAAAAUGUGUAUCGCUCAUUUGGAUGUCAUUCAUCAGCCUGAUGAGCAGCAUCUGACCUGUCUGAUUCUGCUAUGGUACUCGUGUACCAUACAUCCGGAAUUCCGCAGUACUGUAACCAAACUGGAGGCUGCAGACAUCCUAAUGGGACUUAUUGUAAACAUCGGUGGCGAACUAGGCCUGUGCAAUGACCCUCUGGAGUACUACCAGUUCAAGGAAGGCUUGGUGGAUCGGCGGCUGAUAAAUUAUCGCAGAAAAUUGGGCAUAAGCGUCAUGCCAAUAGUCAUGUAUCACAUCGAUCUAACCUCCAUGUACCCGAACAAAGUCAGCCACUUCAGCAUCUUUAAACACGUCCAAGAUAUGAGUGACGACCUGAUACCAAACUAUCUCUGGAGGGUGGCAAAGGACAUGGUACAGUAUAGUCACUUUGAGUUAGAGGUUCACAAAAUAACGCUUGUACGGCAUAUCCUUUGCAAAUGGAUGGACGACCUCAACAUGCUCAAGAAAUCCAAGAGCUAUUGCAUGAACCUGACGGAAAUCAAGCGUCUCUCAUCAACCAUAUUCGAUGUCCUGACCGCUAACUUCCCCCUUCAGAACGCCAGUGCUCCUCCCCAGCCAAAGGCAAUCCUAGAUCUCGGUUACGAUACGGUAGAAAUAGAUUUAUCGUCUCAUAUGGCAAACAUGACUAUUAUUUACCACCUGUCCUACUAUCUACUGAAUCUACAGCUCGAAAGAUCCCUGGUAUACUGUAUAGAACGGUCCACCAAGAUUCUGCCAGGAAACGUUCCAGCGUUUUACCACCAACGCUUCUUGAACAUUACAAAAUACAUCAUGUGCAUAUUCCAAGUUUCCAACAACUAUCAUCAUCGAAAGUACUCUUUACUACCUACAAGCACACACUCAACCAUGGUUCAUCACCUUGUCCACGUCACCCUCACCAUCUCUGCAUAUGCUGCCUUCUCUUUAUACUUAAAAUUCGCUCACGCAGAGUACGUCAUAAUCACCAACCCAUCCUACAAGCAGCAGCUAUACAAAAAUCUACCAGCCUCUUCAUGCGUACGCAUAAAGCAGCUCUACAGCAAUAUCGUCGACCAAAUUAUUGCAUUCAUAGAAAAUAACCGAGAGAUGGGGUUCGAGUCACUUUUCCAGAGUUGGCUUGUCCUAAAGCAACUCCAGAACUUUAAAGAUUCCGGCCUUGCUCUGAACAUACUAUUGUCCAAGACUGACUCGGUCCCUCAGGACCAAAACUACAAUGCGUCAAAUAAUUGGUUCGCGUACCUGCUUCAGCAUCUAGCCAAAAUGUUAAUUGAUCACCUAGAACAAAAUGACCAACUAUUACAGCUCCUACAAAAUUGCCAAUAUACACAUUUCAGCACUAAUAUAUCAUCCCCACUAAUUCCAUUACUAAAGCACUUUGCGCGAGAUGAAAUACAGCCUAUAUCUUCUAAUUACCAUCCCGUUAGUUCCGGAUAUGAGCGCGAUUUACCUAGGGAGUUUUUCAGUCCGGAUACACUUUUCUAA